UUGGAAUGUCGCCCAGAAGGGAUAUAUUCGUUGCCCUGAGCUGCUGCUGCCUUGUGCUCAGUUUUCUGGGCAUACAAGCUAGGAAUCUGCAGGAAACUGCUGUUAGUAAGCGAGAUAUUUCCGAUUGGUUCUCCUACUUUGAUGACUUGCUCUACGACAGCGAUAGCGAUGAAGACACGAAAAAAAUUUUGGUCUGUAGCAACUGUACGGUAGUGGUUCAACCUGUUCCAGCGGGUGGAGCAGCUCCAGGAUCUACAGGCUCUACGGACACAACUGCUUCUGCUAAACCUGCAGCUGCUCCAAUUCCAGCUCCAGCAGUUACUCCUGGCGGUCAAAGUCCAUCUUCAGCAAGUCCUGUUAGCGCUUCAAGUCCAGUUCCAGGAGCUCCGGGAGCAGCUCCCGCAGAACCUGUGGCAGCACCUCCGGCCGCACCUCCGGUAGCACCUCCGGCCGCACCUCCGGCAGCAGAUCCAGCCCCCGCUCCUUCUGCCUAAACACCUCAAUUACCUAAUGCCCAAAAAAAUUACCGUCCGAAUCCUCCUAGUAUUUAUAACUCCUUCCAUAUAACAAACCGCUCUGGCAAUAGGUUUUAGAUGGGAUUUGGUAUACGAUAGUUUGCACCUCGAAUAAAACCCGAGUUCAUUCCGCUUGGUCCAUAAAUCUGAGCGGCUCCCAGGCA